AUGGUAGAAUCGAUUUUAGAAAAAUACCUUCAUGAUGCUUUACAUUUCAUUUUUCCGAAGGAUUGUUUCGAAGAGUUGAUUGUCAGCUUCAAUGUCUUUCAUCCAACAUGUCCUAAGAUUGUUUUGAGCCGUGUGCUUGGAAUCGGCAUCACAGCCGGUUCUGUUCUUCUCUUUGUGCCUCAGAUUGUAAAAAUCUUCAAUGGAAAAAGUGCCAAAGGGAUUUCUCUCAUUUCCCAGCUUCUUGCUCUACUAGCAGCCGCUGGUACGGCCUCAUACAGCUUCAGUAAAGGAUUCGUGUUCAGCCAAUGGGGGGAUUCACUUUUUGUUUCUGUCCAACUAAUGAUUAUUGUCAUGCAGAUUUUGUACUAUUCGGACGCUAUUCCUAUCGCUUCUGGAGGCCCUUUCGAGUACAUUUUCAGCUGGGCUUUUGCAUUUGCUGUGAUUGGGAGUUAUAUUUCUUCUCAAAUACUCACGAUGAUUCAAGCUCUUGGCAUUCCUAUCACAAUUGCUUCCAAGGUGAGAUAA